UGCCCCCAGCUCAGCCCAGUGUCUCCCCUGUCCCUCCCAGUGCCCCCCAGCGUGUCCAUCUCGCUGGUGCCGUCGAGCUCCCAGCCCGGCCCCGGCCGCCUGCUCUGCUCCGUGAUGGAUUUCUACCCUGCACCGGUGCAGGUGAGGUGGUUCCAGGAUGGGCAGGAGCUGCCGGAGCACGUGGUGGCCACUGACGUGGUCCCCAACGGGGACUGGACCUACCAGGUACUGGUGCUGCUGGAAAUCCCCCCCCGGCGCGGGGUCACCUACAGCUGCCAGGUGGAGCACGUCAGCCUGGAGCACCCCCUCCGCCGGCACUGGGAGAUGCCACCGGACACCGUCCGCAGCAAGAUCCUGGUGGGGGUCGGGGGCUUCGUCUUGGGCUUGGUCUUCCUGGCACUGGGGCUCGGCUUCUACCUGCGGGAGAAGAGCUCCUGAGCCACCGGCGGCCGCAGCCCCUCCCUGUGGCCUCGGGCCCAGCCGGGACCCCCAAGUCCAUCCCAACACUCAGUUUGG